AUUUUAGAAUCAUCAGAUUUGCAAAGAUUUGUGUUUGUAUGAGAAAUAUUUUAUUCAUUUAAAACAUGUAGUGCAAAUGACAAGAACACCAUAAAGUAAACCCCAUCUAAAAUGUCUUAAAGAACAGGUGUAAUUGGCAGUGUUAUGUUAACCAAAUACCUCAUUCAGUGCAACACGCCGUCCGGUGUGGGUGGAAACAUGAGGUAAAAACCAGAAAAGACGAAUUUCUUACUCAUUUUAUGGAGACUUGGAUGAAACACCAAUAUUUAAAAGAAUUACAUCAGCACAUAGUUAACAAAUCAUUGUGUUUCCCAUACUGCACCGCCCGUCGAGGCAUUCCGGGUGACAAAAGCAAACAAACCCCACUGCGCAUCACGGAUGUGACGUCAACGCGCUGCAAUUCAAACUUCAGGAAACGAAAGCGUUUGGUUAGAAAACGGUCUUGUCGUUACCAACACCCUGUUUUCACGAGUUACCUGCAUUUCGCUGUAUUUGAGUCGAGGUCGUUUCCUCUACGUCAAACCAAGCAGCCAUGACGUCUAAAAGUGCCAAAGAGACCAUCGUCACCAGGUUGGGCUUCAAAUCCAGCAGCUCUGCCUCCAAGGCCGAGGCGGAGCUGGAGAAGGUCCGCAAAGACAACGCUCACCUCAGGAGGAAGGUCGAUGAACUGACCAAGAGACAAGUCAAACCCCCCGAAUCGGACAAACUCAAGCUGCUAGAGAGGAUCCUGUCCCUGGAGACGCUGCGAGAGAGGAACAAUCAGCAGUUGUUGGUUAAGGAGCAGGAAUUAGAAACAAUGAGACGGCAGCUGUCAGCCAGAGGAGGAGAGGUGGUGGCAUCGCUGCAGGCCCAGCUGGAGCAGCGGAAGAAGGAGGCUGAGCAGAGAGACGCGUUGUUCCAGAAUCUGUCGCAGGAGACCGGGAACCUGAAAAACCAGCUGGCCACUGUUUCUGCCCGGUGCCAGUCCCUGGAGGCGCAGGCGGCGAACGGACAGCUACCUCCUGCAGACUUGGCCUUGGUACAAGAUCAACUGAGAGACGCCCUGGAGAAGAACCAGCAGUGGCUGACGUACGACCAGCAGCGCGAGGCCUACGUCCGGUCCGUGACGGCCAGGACGCAGGAGCUGGAGCAGCAGCUGGCCCAGCAGCAGCAAACCAGACGGGAGGCCCCUUCAGACGCUGAGGGAGCGCCCGCUGACUCGGCAAGUGCAAAAAAAGAGGUUGAGCUGAAAACCCACUAUGAGCAGCUGCUUCGGGGGGUUCAGAAAGACUUGGAGGAGAAAGAAGAGCAGGUCACCCGAAGACAACAGGAGCUCAGCGUGCAGAGGGAACAGGCGUCGUCGGCUCACGCCGAGCUGCAGUCUCAGAGGGAGGCGGUCGCCGGGCUCCGGGAGGAGACGUCCGCGCUGCAGAGGAGGUACGAGAGCAAGUGCGGCGAUCUGUCCGCGCUUCUGGUGAAGUACGAAGAGAAGAGCAGAGAGACGGAAGAGCUGAAGAUGCGGCUGCAAGCGGAGCGACACGGCAACAGGCAAUCGGCGUGUGAGGAGAGAAAGGCCUUGUCGGAGCGCUCCGACAGGAUGAGACUGGAACUGGAGAACAUGGAGGUCCGAUUGGACGAGGAGAAGAAGAGAUCUGCUGAACUCCUUCUGCAGGUGAACAUGCUGCAGAAGUCUCUCCUGAGCCAAAAUGAAGAAAAAAGGAGACUCGCCGCCAUGGAGCAGCAGAUCCAACUCUCCGCCAAGGACUUUGAGAAUGAAAAGAUUGAUCGCCAGGGCAUGCAGCAUCAGUUACAUAAGGUGCUGAAGGAGCUCCGCAAGGCCAGGGAUCAGAUUGCUAAACUGGAGUCUGCAAAACAGCCAAACGCGCGUUUCUCAGAGCCUGGCUCCUACAGCAACUUUGAGUUCGGGCGUCUCUCCAUCGACGACCCCCCCGGGCCUACGUCUCCCUCCAAAGUCGCCAACCUCCUGGAUGAGAGUUUCCUGGAGUGCCCAAAGUGCCGGGCGGCGUAUCCCACCAGCCGCCACAGGGAGCUCCUGGCACACAUUGACUACUGCUUUGCUUGAGCUACAAUAAGGUAUAGCUCAAUGGGGGUGAGGGGGGGUGAGGGGGAAGGGGGGGCAGGAAAUAUAGAGAAGCAACCAUAUACACAACACAAGCAAUUGUUAAUUCUUAAAUCAUAUCCAGGCCUCUAAAAACAACGGGAUGGAUCCCUGUUUGGUCAUGUGAUGAAGUAGGCGUGUCUUCUUUUAGCCUUUCUUCGGCUGGAUCAUCAUCAUCAUCAUCAUCAUCAUAAUAAUAAUAACAUCCAUUCAGGAAAUUUCAAAGACGUAUUCUGCAAACACAUUACUCCUGUGAGCAACUACGGUGAAUAAGAUAAAUAUGUGUAACCUAAGCUCAUUUGGGGGCUGCUUGCAUGCUUCUUUUUUUCUGUUCCCAAAGCUGAUUCAAUGUGCAGCAGCCUCGUGUAACAUGAUCAGUUUGGAAGUCCUGCUGUCAUUAUGAUCACUGGAUACACAUUUCUGAUGCAUUCAAUAAUGGGACAUUGUAGAUUUGUUCUAAGCAAAGGUGUGUGUGUGUGUGUGUGUGUGUGUGUGUGUGUGUGUGUGUGUGUGUGUGUGUGUGUGUGUGUGUGUGUGUGUGUGUGUGUGUGUGUGUGUGUGUGUGUGUGUGUGUGUGUGUGUGUGUGUGUGUGUGUGUGUGUGUGUGUGUGUGUGUGUGUGUGUGGAUAUCCCAUAAACCAGAUUAAUUGUAUCACUUUAAUGGAGGUAGUGAACUUUGUACUCCAAGCGGUUCCAAUGGUUCCUUUGCCUGAGAGUGGGUUGAUUAUGUAAGCAGCUUAAAUAUCUGAGUUAAUAGUAAAUUAUUUUUUUUCUAUAUCUAAAUGGGAUUCAAGGGAUAGUCAGUUUCAUGCUGGAUUAAUAUGGAAGAAUAAAAAUGUAGUGCAGUUUUAAUUUGCCAGUAGAAAACCAUUAGGCCAAAGUAUUCCUUGUGUUAUUGCUGCAGUCUCCCUGCUUCCCUUUUUUAUUAUUGUAGUCCUUAUUUUAUUGAAAAGCUCUUGGUGAAUUUUAUUUUUUGUGUAUUUAUUAUUGGGUGACAGUCUUUUUAGAUAAUGAAAGCUUUUAUUUCCCUCCCGGUAAUGUUUAGCAUUGCUGAUUUGAAUAUCACUGUCCUUUAUUAUUAUUUUGUAUUUAUGAUUGCCUUUUUUUGGAACAUCAUGGGACGUUUCUUAUUUUAUUGUAUCCAAGUUGACAAAGUUACUAGCCGAAAACCUCCACUUAGUGUAUAUAACAUUGAAGGCACAUUUCCUAUGUUUAUUUUUUUUCUAUUUUAUAGUAUUGAGGGGAAGGACCCUUUUAUAUCAGGGGGAUACGCGUUGCCUAUUGAGGUUUUGGUUCCGGCUAAACACGGCUUGGGGCGUUGGACAAGCCCUGCUGAAGCAUGUGACCUAACCCACAGUUUGAUUUGUCCACCAUUAAGCCCGAUUCUAAACCCGCUGCACGUGGUGCCCGGUUGUCCUUGUUUUCCUCCCUGCUCCACUGGAGCUCACUUCCACCUCCACUGUUCCAGCCUGCGGUCCUGUGGGGCUGGAAUAAGAUUGCAUGAGCUAAUUCCUUGUACUGAACUAUUUAAGGCGAGGGAUUAGUAAAGGUCCUCUUGGCGCUGGAAAUGGGGUUAAGUUGCCUUUAUUUCUGCCGUCUUGGCGAUGCAGCUCAAUAGACUUAAGAGGGACAGACACUGCUACGGUGUCAUCUUUUAGAUAACAGGUUUUUCUUUUAUCACAUUGUUUUGGAUACAUGUAUUCUUGUUAAGCUGAUUUAUUUUCCAACUCAUGUUUUUGUAAUGAUGGGCUCUUAAGUGGUUGUGCCAUGUACUGUACAAAAGUGUGCAAUAAAGAUAUAAAUGCCCUUCCGACGCGGCCCUCUGUCCUCCGUACUGCCACAUUGGAGUGUAAUUAAGGACCAAUAGUGCUUCAAACUUUAGC